UCACGUUUUUCCUCCACGCAUCCUCCGCUUCCUCCGCUUCCAUGCCGCAUCCGUGCGUGCGCUUUGCGCGUCCGAAAGCGGCAUGGAGGGCAAAUCCGGCAAGGCUCGAGUCUUUGACGAGAUGGACUCCCAGCUUAAGGCUUUGGCCCAGGAGAACGAUUUCAUGGGACCUUUGAAGGAUGAAGCCUCAGAGGUCGGGCUACGGCGCGGGCUACGAGAAGGAGAUUCCAAAAAAGGCCUUCCAAGACGUGGACAGAGCAAAGGAUACCCAGGGGACGUUACAAUACAGCGACAGUCGCAGCUAGCUCCAAGUAUGCCCCAAGGUGCAUUGAAGAAACAUUUGGAAGGUUUGGCACAAAGCCUGGAGCGGAUGCAAUGGACUGAGCAACUGCAACAACUGCAGAGCCUUACGAAGUUGAGCUCCAAGAAGGCGGCCGUUGAUGGCAAUACUCCCUUCUGCGCCACUGAGACUGGUUCCGAGGCAACUCGCUUAUGGCGCCCCGAGCGAGUGCCGCAGAAGCUUCUUGCUGUUCUCCAGGAACCCAUUGACGAUGCUCGUGUGGCACUGGAACUUCAAAUGCAGUUGCAGAGCAGUGGUGAUGGUCAAUGUGUAGGAGAUGGGGUCGCUUUGGGGGUGACAAAGCCCGAGAAGGGUUCAUGCACCUCUCCUGUGCACCCUGUGACAGGACUUGGAAGCCAAGAUCGUGUGAAUGCUUCAGAAAAUCUCACAUCGCAGCUGACAGAUGACCUUUCAGCAUCGGACGAAGCCAUUGCAUUGAUUCUCUCCCUCGACGAGCCAGACCCUGCUUUUGACGAACCUAGAAACUACCGUGCUGAAGCUCGGAGCAGAGCAGAAGUUCGUCGCCAAAGGCAGGAGGACAUUGAGGACUUGAGGUUGCGGACUGCUGAACAGACGUCCAGCGGCGAAUCCGAUGAUGAGUUUUACCAAAGGCUUUGGGGCUUGCCACCCGAUACAGAAGACCUCCCAAGGUUGAAAGAUCCCGCCCACACCACCCUGGGGACGAUCAUCCUCGGGGUGGCAAGGCGGCGACGAAGCACUUUGAACCGGCGCAUGAGAGAAAGUCCUGGUCUCAGGACGCUGCGCUCUGCCUCGCUGCCGCGGCCGGCCCCGCCCACCGCGCCGCCCGCGCGGCGGCGCCCGCGGCCGCACCUCUCUCGGCCACCAGCGCCGGAGCCGGAAGCGCCGCAGGUGAGUGACGGUGCAACCGCCUUGAUCAGCUUUAGCCCUCAACAAGGUGAAACUUCCACAGAGGUGCAAUGCACCAUUUGCUGUGAGGAUUUUGUCGAGGGAGAGCGCCUACGGCUGCUGCCAUGCUUGCACAGGUAUCAUGUGCAGUGCAUCGAUCGAUGGCUAAGCCACAGUCAGACAUGCCCCGUGUGCAAGCACAGCGUUAGCUCAUGA